AUGCCAGGAUUACACCAAAAUCAGGAUUACACCUAUGCCAGGAUUACACCAAUGCCAGGAUCACACCAAUACCAGGAUUACACCAAUGCCAGGAUUACACCAAUGCCAGGAUUACACCUAUGCCAGGAUUACACCAAUGCCAGGAUUACACCAAUACCAGGAUUACACCAAUGCCAGGAUUACACAAAUGCCAGGAUUAUACCAAUGCCAGGAUUACACCAAAUACCAGGAUUACACCAAUGCCAGGAUUACACCAAUGCCAGGAUUACACCAAUGCCAGGAUUACACCUAUGCCAGGAUUACACCAAUGCCAGGAUUACACCAAUACCAGGAUUACACCAAUGCCAGGAUUACACCAAUGCCAGGAUUACACCUAUGCCAGGAUUACACCAAUACCAGGAUUACACAAAUGCCAGGAUUAUACCAAUGCCAGGAUUACACAAAUGCCAGGAUUACACCAAUGCCAGGAUUACACCAAUGCCAGGAUUACACAAAUGCCAGGAUUAUACCAAUGCCAGGAUUACACCAAUGCCAGGAUCACACCAAUGCCAGGAUUACACCAAUGCCAGGAUUACACCAAUGCCAGGAUUAAACAAAUGCCAGUAUUACACCAAUGCCAGGAUUACACCAAUGCCAGGAUUACACCAAUACCAGGUUUACACCAAUGCCAGGAUUACACCAAUGCCAGGAUUACACCAAAUACCAGGAUUACACCUAUGUCAGGAUUACACCAAAUUCAGGAUUACACCAAUGCCAGGAUUACACCAAUGCCAGGAUUACACCAAUACCAGGAUUACACCAAUGCCAGGAUUACACCAAUGUCAGUAUUACACCAAUGCCAGGAUUAAACCAAUGCCAGGAUUACACCAAUGCCAGGAUCACACCAAUGCCAGGAUUACACCAAUGCCAGGAUUACACCAAUGCCAGGAUUAA